UGUUUUUUUUGUUUGUUUCAGUUUUUGAAAAAAAUCAGAGAAAAUCAGAAAAAAUUAUUGGAUAUUCCAAUAAAUUGAAUUUUUUGUUUUUUUAACAUUUGGUCAAAGGGCGCUAGCUUUAGCUGUUAGAGGGACGAUCCUUAAUAGCUCUAUCUCUCCAUCGUUCGAAUUUCUCUAGUCUGGGCUAGGCAAACGAUGGUUAUGGCGGCGACGACCUCCAUUGUUUCCGGCAUCAAGCUUUCAGGGAUCGUGACUUCGUUCAACGCCUCAGAUGAUGGCUCGAGUUGCGGAAGAACCGAAUUCACCGGAGUUAAAAAAAUUCCGGCAUUUAGUCGGCGACGAUUUUCACCGAUCGGUGCUGUGUCGCCAAUUCGCGGGGAUGCCCAAUCUCCCUUUCCGUCUUCCAGUCGCAGCUCUUUCGCUUACCCUCGGAACCUCGUUUUGAGCGGUGGAAUCAGUGGUUUCGGUGCUCCCAAAGCUCUGCCAAGUGCUUGUGAAAAUGCCACCUCCCCUUCUUCCAUUAAAUCUUUCAACCAGUUGAUUGAAGCUUUGAUCGAUCGGGUUGAUCUAUCUGAAUCCGAGACUGAAUCAUCUCUCGAGUUUUUGCUGAACGAGGCAAACGAGGCGUUAAUUAGUGCCUUUCUGGUUCUGCUGAGAGCUAAAGGAGAGACAUACGAAGAAAUUGUGGGGUUGGCUAGGGCAAUGAUGAAUCGUGCGAGGAAAGUAGAAGGAUUAGUCGAUGCUGUGGACAUAGUUGGAACUGGUGGUGAUGGAGCAAACACAGUCAACAUAUCAACUGGGUCUUCAAUUCUUGCUGCAGCUUGUGGUGCAAAAGUAGCAAAGCAAGGCAAUCGUUCGAGUUCUUCUGCGUGUGGAAGUGCUGAUGUAUUAGAGGCACUAGGAGUGGUGAUUGACUUGGGACCAGAGGGGAUUAAGAGAUGUGUUGAAGAAUCAGGGAUCGGUUUCAUGAUGUCACCAAUGUACCAUCCAGCUAUGAAGAUCGUUGGUCCUGUCCGAAAAAAGCUUAAAAUAAAAACUGUUUUUAACAUAUUGGGACCGAUGCUUAAUCCUGCUAGCGUGUCUUAUGCUGUCGUUGGUGUAUACCACAAAAAUCUGGUUCUUAAGAUGGCAAAGGCACUGCAGCGGUUUGGUAUGAAAAGAGCACUGGUUGUUCAUUCAUAUGGCUUAGACGAAAUGAGUCCGUUAGGAGGAGGGCUAGUUUAUGAUGUAACCCCGGCAAAAAUCGAAGAAUUCUCAUUCGACCCAUUGGACUUUGGUAUUCCUCGUUGUACAAUUGAGGAUUUGCGGGGUGGAGGUCCAGAGUACAAUGCGGAUGUGUUAAGACGUGUGCUUUCAGGGGAAAGUGGUUCAAUAGCAGAUUCAUUGAUCCUAAACGCAGCUGCUGCUCUAUUGGUUAGCAACCGAGUUCAAACGCUAGCUGAAGGAGUAACCUUGGCCCGUGAAGUACAAUCGUCUGGCAAAGCUAUUAAGACGCUUGAUUCAUGGAUUCACAUCUCUAACUCAGCUCAUAAAUCUCAGUGAUUGACGAUGGAGGAAGCUUAUACAUUUGUAACUUUAUUUUCUUUCGUUGUCAAUCUAGAAACAGAAGAGACCAGAGAGAAAGAUAGAGAUACCUCAUUCUCCAUGUACACAUUACAACAAUCAUCACCUUCAAUAAAACAAAUAAUAUCUGUUUUACAUUUUGAU